GACUGAAUCACCAUCAACAGACCAUCACUUCCUGUGCUCGAGUCACUGUACCAAGCUGUGCAUAGUUUCUCUUUGGUGUCGUGCAUCGUGAUCCACUGAGCACUGCCGAACUCUGGUCCUCCCGUUUGAUUCACAACCACCGAUUUCCCUGACGAGACGCGCCGUCACCAACUCGUUCGAGACCACCCACUGUCGAAUAGCAGCUUCGAACCGUCCUCACUCCAUUCAGCCCAAUUCUGCACACUGAAAUGACAUGCCGAAAGCUCUUUCAGUGAUGAUUUCGAGGCCCUAAGUGACCGAUUACCCCGUGCGUCUUUCCCCAACCGACAUUCCACAUCCCAUCGACUUCUCCAGCAUGCCAAGCUAUCGCAGCGCAAACAAGCGCAGUCUUGAAGAGCUUGUUCAAGCCGAAGAUCCUGACGAUGAUGAUUACGAUGAUCAUGCUUCCGGGCCAUCAAAGGCCCGUACUACCAAAUCCAGACGAAGUGGCCCCCCAGCGCGCAAGAAGCAGAGACGUGGGUACCGAGGUUCGGAGAUCGAUAGCGAUGAUGAACAAGUAUCGUCCAACGACGAAUCUUUCGAUGAGGAAGAGUCGGAAGAUGAGGAGGUGGAAACGAAUGAGAGGGGCAGGCCAGUGCGGAAGACUGCGAAGAAGAGAGUGACAUAUGAAGAGUCCGACGGUUCGGAGGACGAGUUGUCGAAGUCGCCCUCAAUUGAGCCUCUGACUCCACCCCCCAGGAAUUCCUCCAAAAAGCUCAUUGUCACGCUUAGAACCGGCAACACUCCGCGGGCGACCCGUAAUUUGAGACGCGGGAGUUACGGCGCGAAACAACCUUCCAGUUCUUCAGCACAAGCACCUGAACUUCCUAGGAGGAGAAGUAGUCGCUUGUCUCACGACCCGGAGGACCCUCUUGUCGCUUUGACUGACUCGGGUCAUCACGCCGAGGUUGUGCGAGCCGGUUCACGAGAUCCUGACGACAUUCCCCCGCGAGCAACAAGAGGUGGGAAAAGCAUCAAAUAUCCAUCAAAGAGCACAAUAGAUGAAGAAUCUCAAUCCAUGGCCAAAGAAGAGGAAGCCGAAGUUGUGGAUGAAGGGGAACUUGAAAUCAAAGCCUCCCAAUACGAACUGCUUGAGAGUGACCCUCAGGUUGCGGAAGAGGAAGCCGACCAUCCGCCGCCAAAAUUGAUCUCAGACCUCUUCGAACAUGCCGAAGCUGAAAGUGACGGCGACGCUCACUUUGCGGCCGAACAAGCCCCUGCCACCCAAGAAGAAGCGGCGGCCGGGGCAGAGGCAGAGGACGACGAUGACGAUGACGUCCCCCAGCGAGGGCGAGUGACCCGCGGUGCUGCAAAGCGGCAGGCAGAGUCACCUGAGUUUGAACCAGAGCAGUCGCCAAAGCGCCUACGUGGACGCGGCUUGAGAAGCGGAGCAAAACAAGCUGCUUCUCGAAGUCGUCGGCGGAAAGCGCAAGACGAAAGCAGCGAUUUCGACCCAGAAGGAGAACAAGCUGCUCAGGAGGAUAUGUCUAGCAGCAGCGGUGCCUCAGAAGCGUCCCCCCAAAAGCACGAUGAGUACGACAGCAGUAACAACGGUCGGAGAUCGACACGCCUUCGAAGUAAAGCAGCCUCUCGCCAGAGGUCUGAAGCCAGCGACGCUGACGAGCUUGCUGCGGAGGUUGAGGAGCUCAAGCGAGAUGAGAAGAAGAAACGACGUGAAAGAGAGGAGGUCGUCUUCGAACCGCGCCAACGACGAGGUGUCAAGAAACCCAACUAUGAUCUGCUGCGAAACCUGGCACCUAUUGAAGACGAGGAAGAGCCUGCGCCAUCCCCUUCACAACGACCUCGUAGAACAGGAGGUGGUGGCUGGCAAAGAAGUCUCUUCAACACGUAUGGUCCGUUCGGCGGAGGUGGUGGUGCUGCACCAGUUCUUGGAGGUGGCCCUCCCCGAGCCCAAGGUGACGUGGACUCGGACUCCAGUGAUGACGAAGUCAUGAAGCGACCGAAAGCUGUGGGCGGCACAGUAGGAAUGACCCCUACGACUGCAGGAGGUGGUUUCAACUUGUUUCCCCAGACCCUGAACGCAGACCCUGCACAAGCUGCUGCUGGCACUCCUGCCAACUUGGGCAAGCUUAAAGACAAGCAGGCUCUGGCAGAUGCGGACCCGCUUGGAGUCGAUCAGAAUGUCAAUUUUGACAGUGUCGGUGGCCUUCAGGGCCACAUUGACCAGUUGAAAGAGAUGGUCGCUUUGCCUCUGCUUUACCCAGAGAUCUUCAUGCGCUUCAAAAUCACUCCGCCUCGCGGUGUCUUGUUCCAUGGUCCUCCUGGAACGGGAAAGACGCUUCUCGCUCGAGCCUUGGCGACGAGUGUUAGCUCGCAAGGCCGAAAAGUCACCUUUUAUAUGCGGAAAGGUGCAGAUGCCUUGAGUAAGUGGGUUGGCGAAGCCGAAAGACAACUACGUCUGCUCUUCGAAGAGGCUCGAAAGAACCAACCUAGUAUCAUCUUUUUUGACGAAAUCGAUGGUCUUGCUCCUGUCCGAUCGAGUAAGCAAGAGCAAAUCCAUGCUUCGAUCGUUUCAACUCUGCUGGCCUUGAUGGAUGGCAUGGAUGGAAGAGGUCAAGUCAUCGUCAUCGGUGCAACUAACCGACCUGAUUCAAUCGACCCUGCUCUGAGAAGACCUGGGCGAUUCGAUCGAGAGUUCUACUUCCCUCUCCCCAACACCGAGGCUAGAAAGGCCAUCAUCGACAUCCACACCAGAGGUUGGGAUCCUCCACUGCCGGAGCCCAUCAAGAAGGAGCUCGCCGAGAUGACAAAGGGGUAUGGUGGAGCCGAUUUGCGGGCAUUGUGCACUGAAGCUGCUUUGAAUGCUGUACAGAGACGCUAUCCGCAAAUCUACAGCUCUACAGAGAAACUGCUCAUCGACCCCAAGACAAUCGAGGUGACUCCCAAAGACUUUAUGAUUUCCGUCAAGAAGAUGACGCCCUCUUCAGAACGAUCAACCUCAUCUGGAGCUUCUCCGUUACCAGCUAGUGUUGCGUCCUUGCUGCGAAACCAGCUUGAUGCUGUGCAGAAAAUUCUAGCGGACGCCCUGCCACAGAAGAAGCGGCUGACUGCACUUGAAGAAGCUCGAUAUGAAGACGCUGCUGAUGGACAGAGUUUCGGCAGGGAAAAAAUGCAGCAAGCAUUUGAAACCUCCAGGGUCUUUCGUCCACGCCUGCUCAUACGAGGCAAAGUGGGCAUGGGCCAGCAAUAUCUCGCCGCUGCUCUGCUCAAUCACUUUGAAGGCCUUCACGUGCAAGCAUUUGAUCUCCCUACUUUGUUGAGCGACACUACAAGCUCGGCCGAGUCAACGCUUACAAGGCUGUUUUCAGAGGUCAAGAUGCACAAGCCGAGUGUAAUAUACAUUCCAAAUGUGCAACAAUGGUGGGAUAGGGUCGGCGAGACUGUGCACGCGCUCUUCUUGGGCAUGUUGAGAUCCAUCAAGCCCACUGAUCCAGUAUUGCUGCUUGGUUUUACAGAAGGCAACCCCGACGAAAUCGAUGAAGAUAUGCGACGUGUACUGUUUGGUUACUCGCUGAAGAACCAAUUUGAGUUGAAAGCUCCUGACCGCGAUGAACGUUACGAAUUCUUCCGUGGCCUCAAAGAUUACAUAAGAACAGCGCCUGACGAUUUCCCGGAUCCUGCAAAUCGCAAAAAGCGCGAACUUGAGAGACUGCAGGUAGCACCGCCUGAGAUGGAAAGACGGCCGCCAUCAAUGACCAAAGAGGAGCUGAAAGCACAAAAGAAGAAGGAUCGACUCACGCUCAACAUGCUCAAGCUUCGUUUACAGCCUAUCAUGGAUCAAAUUCGAACCAAGUACAAGAAAUUCCGGACAGGAGUUAUCGACGAAGGCCAGAUUCGUUAUCUCUACGAUGAAGCUGACCCACAGACAGUCACUUCCGACCUGCAGGCAGAAGUUCUGGCUCACGCGUCCUACAGACCAUUCGAAAUUGGAAAAGAUGCUCACGGUGUAUUAGGUCUGGUCGAUCAGGGGAACAACAACUUUUACUACAAUCUUGAUUCUGUGACGAUCGAGAAGCGUCUGAGCAAUGGGUACUAUAAGCGGCCGAAGGAUUUCCUCGCAGAUAUUAAGCGCUUGGCCAAAGAUGCAAAGGCGAUUGGUGAUGAGGACCGAUUACUGAAGGCAAAUGAGCUGCUCGCCAAUGUUGAGGUCGAUAUUGCCGCCAUCGAGAUGGGCGAACCAGCCCUGAAUGCUGAAUGCGAGCGUGUCUAUGAGCGGGAACUUGCUAGAGAAAAAGAGGUUUUGGAAAAGGCGAAAGCCGGGAACGAGCAAAGCAGAGACAUGCCUCCACCGCAGGUAAUGUCUAACGUGCCUCAUGGCAAUGCUUCAGGACCGUCGACGACCACUGAUUCCACCGGACCAGUCCUUCUGGGCGAGCCAAUGCAGCGACGUCGUGAUUUCGUCCAGCGUCUCGCUCCAACUGCAGGCGAUGCCAUCGAGUCUGCUUCCGUGGUUACAAAUGGCAUACACCCGAGCCACGACGAUCUUGCUCAGUCUGAUUUGACCAACGGGGGCCCUUCAAACGGCUAUCAAGAAGAUGUGGAAGGCGAUACGCCCAUGGGCGGCGUCGAGUCACAUCCUACAUCGAAUGACAAGGCCAACGAUACGCAAAAGACCCAUACAACUGCUUCCUUUGGCAAUCGUGAAUCGGCACAGCCGAGACCGCUUCAUUCGUGGACAGCCCCGUCGCAGCACUUGCUUAAGGAGUCUGGCAUGUCUGCUCCGCGCUCGCAAACAGGACCGUUCACGCCUAUGCCGCAGGGUAGUCACCCCGCAGAAUUUCAGAACGACGCAAGCACCACUGAAACACCCACUGAAAAGAAGACAUCGUCUGGCGACAUGGACCAGAACAACCAGCAAGAUUCAGGCCCGAAUCUUUUUUUGCUAGACGAGAGGCGAUCUGCAGGAGGCAGUCAGAUCCCUUCGACCCAAGGUACGUGCAAGUCUUCUAAAGGCCCUCCUUCUCAUCCCAGACCCAAUUCUGCUCGCCAUUCUCGUUCGUCUGAUAUCAGGGACGCUUCCGAACCAUGUUGGCUAAAUGCCAUCAAUGCAGGAAAUAUGCCCGCCUCUCAAGAUCUGGUAGACCCUUUGUCUGGCACCAGCACUGGUGCUGGCCAUGCUCGGCCUUCGUCUUCGGAAGGGCAAGGACAGGAGCCCUUUUCCCAACCGCGUGUCCCGCCGUUUGAUGCUGCAGACCGCGACCGGCGGCGAUCGUCGAGGUCAAAUGGACCUGCGGACAUGCAGGAAUUGUUGAACCCAUCCGACUCCCCUAUGAUCGCACCGACUGCCAACAAUCGGCAUACCCGACCGAACUUGGUACAGGUGGAAGAGCGAAGUUUGGAUAGCUUCCACGCCGAGAUCACGGACAAGACCAGUAAGCUGUCGGUCGAGCAGUUGGAGCAGGUCAAUUCAGUGUUGAUGGACGAGCUGUGGCGGACGCGUGGGGAGUGGGAUCGUGGGAAGGUGCUGGAGGACCUUACGAAGGCAUUCAACUGGGUUCUGGACGAUAUGGCCGAGGCAGGACAGGAGAUGGCGUCGUCGGGGAGCUGGGGGAAGAAGACACAGUAGGACUUACCAUUGACGAGCUGGAGGAACGUGUGCUGUAAGAGCACGAUUCACAACAAGGGCGUUACUGGAGCGUGCAGGGAAUCACAGGUCAUGAUAAAAAGGGCUAGACCAGACUUCCAGGGCUUACUGAGGGCUUGGGUCUUUUAGGAUUGUGAUUGUGAUACGCUGUGUAAAUGUACCUUGAUGAUUGGCAUUUUACUUGAUAUUGUAACUUUGUGUAGAGGACCCAGAGGACAUAAGAUUCAUCGUAUUCAAUCUUUCAGAA